CCCUCAGCAUCCUGCUGCAUAUCAUUUGCUACUUCCUCUCUCCAGCUACUUCUACUUCAUGGCUGCUUCCAGUCCACACGGAGCUUCACACCUGCAGAUCGAGUAGUCGCUAGCUAGUUUCUCCCCAAGCUCCCUCGUACUCCGAUCCGAUCCGAUCCGAUCGAUCCGGGAGAAGAGGGAGAGCGAGCGUGUAGGGCAGCAUGAUGCACCACCACCCUCAGUUCCUGCUUCCGCGCCUCCACUCGCCGUCGUCGUCCUCCUCGUCUGAGGCGGUGGACAUGGACCCCCGCGUGUGGGGCCGACUGCCGCAGCCGCUGGUGGACCGCGUGCUGGCGUGCCUACCGACGCCGUCCUUCCUCCGCCUCCGGGCCGCCUGCCGCCGCUUCUGCAACCUCAUCUACUCGUCGCCGUUCCUCCACUCCCACCUCCUCCUCUCCCCGCACCUCCCCUUCUUCGCCUUCGCCGUCCCUUCCGCGGGGUACCUCCUCCUGCUCGACCCCACCAGGCCGGAGGCGCCCUCCUGGUCCCGCCUCCCGCUGCCGCUGCCCGCGGCGCCCGGCGCUGGCCACCAGGCGUUCUCCCCGGCGGCCGCGUCCGCGGGCCUGCUCGCGUUCCUGUCGGACGCGUCCGGCCACAAGACGCUGCUCCUCGCCAACCCCAUCACGCGCCUCCUCGCGCCGCUGCCGCUCUGCCCCACCGCGCGCCUCUCCCCCACCGUCGGCCUCGCCGCCGGACCCACCUCCUUCAUCGCCGUCAUCGCCGGCGACGACCUUGUGUCCCCCUUCGCGGUCAAGAACAUCUCCGCCGACACGUUCGUCGCCGAUGCCGCCUCCGUCCCACCCUCCGGUUUCUGGGCCCCGAGUUCCAUCCUGCCCCGCCUCUCCUCCCUCGACCCUCGCGCCGGCAUGGCUUUCGCCUCCGGAAGGUUCUACUGCAUGAGCUCGUCGCCGUUCGCGGUGCUUGUGUUCGACGUGGCGACCAACGUCUGGAGCAAGGUGCAGCCGCCGAUGAGGAGGUUCCUGCGGUCGCCGGCGCUCGUGGAGUUCGGCGGCGGGAGGGAGCGCGAGGCGAGGGUGGCGCUGGUCUCCGCCGUCGAGAAGAGCCGCCUCAGCGUGCCACGGAGCGUGCGCGUGUGGACGCUGCGCGGCGGGAGCAACGGCGGCAGCGGGGCGUGGACCGAGAUGGCGCGGAUGCCGCCCGACGUGCACGCACAGUUUGCGGCGGCCGAGGGCGGGCGCGGGUUCGAGUGCGCGGCGCACGGCGACUUCGUGGUGCUGGCGCCACGCGGGCCCGCGAUCCCCGUGCUCGUGUUCGACUCGCGCCGCGACGAGUGGCGGUGGGCGCCGCCGUGCCCGUACCCGCCGUACGCCGGGGGGAUCGCCGCGGGAGGUGCCGGGUUCAGGGUGUUCGCUUACGAGCCACGCCUGGCGACGCCGGCCAUCGGCCUCCUGGACGCCACGGCGCCGGCGGCCUUUUUGCAUGGGAUGCAGGGCUAGCUCGUCGAUCGAUCAUCGGUCGGUUAAUUACUAGCAUCGAUCGUGUAUGCAAUUUCUAGAUGACGGAAAUCAUCCCGCCGGUCUCUGCGUUGUGAGGUGAACACCAUGAAAUUUGGUGUUUUCCUAGAGCAUGUUAGCGAAGGCUGCUGGUAAGUCUACUAGUUUGAGGCGUGUCUUUCUGAAAGACUCUUUCAUAUAUAUGUUCCUUAAGUACUAUUAAGUGUGUGAUUUCAUGAUUUAUGUGUGGGGGGAUUAUUAGUUUUUUGAACAUUUAAACUUGCUUUCUGCACAAGUAUUUGCAA